AUGUCCAAGAAACCUCCGGCAAAACCGGUCAAUGAUUUAAUAAGAUUUUGGGCCGCACAACAAGAAGAAAAGGCAGCAAAAACAGAACCAGUUUCACGAUCACCUCGACGUCCAUUGUCCCCAACUGCAACUACAUCCACACCUUCAUCUCCAAAAGGUUCAGAACCAUUAUCACCAAGAUCAUGGAUCAACAAUAGCCCUUUUGGCUCGAAUGUGGCAAAUGUACCGCCCCCGUUAUCUCCCACUCAACCAUUGCCGCCACCUAUGCCUAUUGUAAUUGAAAAAAGUUCAAUGGUUAAUAAAUCAAAAAUAUCGGAACGAUUAAAUGAUAUUUUCGGAAGUAAUAUAGACAAUAAUGAAGGAAAGAAUGCGAAUAUCAAAAGUGAUACGUCAAAAAUUGACACGGCAAAAGACAAUAAUAGUUCGACCGCUGAUCUAAAAACGGUCACAACUCAAAAGGAUCGAGGAAGGAUCACACCCGUCGAAAACCCUUUUUCACCAAAAAAUUCAAGUUUUGGUGAUCUUGGAUCACCUACCAGGACAGUUCCCCCAAAAGAUAUUUCAUUUCUCACUAAAUCGCGCGAAGCUAAGACACAGGUCCAGCGCGAAGCAAUUCCACAGGCAAAAAAAGUUUCAAAUUUGGUGUCACAAUUUGAAAAGGCAGUAACGCCACCCACUUCACCUACCGCUUUGUCACCUGUAAAAAGAUUUAAUACUAUUCCUGAUCCAAUGAAUUCAUCAUCCAAACCAAUAACUCAACUCGUUCUGCCACCUGUUAAACAA